GAAGAUCAACAGCAAGGAGAACAGAGGAAAUCUAGUAAAAAAUGUAUGCUAAUAUUUACUGUAAAAACAUGGGAUAACGAGACGAAAUCGAUAAAAAUUUACCCGCAAUCCCCAACAGGAACGGGAAAAACGGGCAUCACUAAUAAAGACGGGAAUUUCCCAUCUUUCUUUCUAUUUAAUUUUCUUGGGAGGCUGUCUACAAAGAGGCUGAAACAACUGGAGAUAAUAGAGAAUGAUGUUUCACGAUGAAUGAAGAAGAGUCGAUGGUCCUGGAAUAAACUACAAAAGAAGAUAAAUAAACACGCCGCAUUCACUUUUCUCUGCACAGUGAGAGUUUCAUGUCUGGACCUUCAACCUGGAAGACAGAUGUUCUAGUAUCGUACGCUUGGAUUUUGUUCCCUAUCAAUUGCGGAUCUGAUCGGGAGAAAGAUAAUGACCACGCGCUAUGGAUUUUUAUGAGCUUUUGACAUGCACAAAAUUAAACUGGUGGAAGGUUCUAUAUAUGGUUUAGAUAAAACCUCUGCAUGUGUAGCUACGAUAAACUAAAAUUGACGAAGAUGCACUAAAAAAAGCCAAAGGACGAUCUGUGUCGUGAAACCCGUGAGAACGAGGUAGAACGAGGUAGCACGAUGUGUUGAUAUCUUUUAUCAUGAUUAUAAUUUGGGACUUUAAACCGUAGCGUUUUGUUAAAUUGAUUCCCCAGUGAAGGUCAGUUAUCUUGACUGUAAAACCAAUUCUGAAGAAGUAGUGAUUUAUUAUAUUCUUCUAAAAAAGUAUAAUUGAACUGUCAGUCAUGGUGGAACCGGUAGGUUUUGUUGAAGCUUGGAAAGCACAGUUUCCUGACUCUGACCCCCCUCAUAUGGAGUUAAAUUCUGUGGGGGACAUUGAGCAGGAACUGGAGAAAUGUAAGGCAUCCAUUCGGAGGCUGGAGAUGGAGGUGAACAAGGAACGCUUUCGCAUGAUUUACCUGCAGACAUUUCUGGCGAAGGAGCGAAAGAGUUAUGAUCGGCAGAGGUGGGGCUUCAGAAGGGUGUCCCAGAUGCAGGAGGGGGACCAGCCCGCAGGUGCGGAGCCACAGCAGCCCCAUGGACAGGAGCCAGGGGAGAGGGAUCGGGAUCGGGGUAAGAUCAGACCCAGGCCUCCCCCUCCCAGAAAAUCCUCGUCCCACAACAUUGAGUGUCCAGAGCCCCCCCUUGCACCAGAGGUGCAUCAGGGGGAGUUGGGGGAGACAGACCAAUGCAGAUAUUAUGGCGAAAGCGAGGUGGAUGGGCUUUCACCAUCCAAACACAAAGGUGGGUCGUCCUCUCGCAGGCCUGCUGCUGCUCAGGGGACAGCAGACAAGGAAGUUCCCUCAGACUCUUCCGCAAUGGAGAAGAUGGGCAUGGGCUUAGGGGUGGCAGCAUUGAGGUCAAACUUUGAACGGAUCAAGAGGGCUAAUUCACACUCCUCCGCAGAGGGGAAGAUGGAGAAGCCCUUCUAUGUUAACAUGGAGUACCACCAUGAGAAGGGCCUGGUGAAGGUCAACGACAGAGAGGUCUCUGACAAGAUCAGUAACCUGGGCAGCCAGGCCAUACAAAUGGAGCGGAAGAGGUCCUUGCACUCUCUGCCUGGGAACCUGGCAACCGGGAUGUCGGAAUUCCGCAAGCCUAUGAGCCGGGGGCGGUCUCAGGAGAGCAACUGUGGUUAUGACAUUGACUACGAGGACACCGAGCUCAACCCACGCUUCCUGAAGGACAACAUGGUCCGAGCCAAUGGGAGCAAACCGGAUCGCCACCCUCAGCCACAUCCACAGCCUUGGCAGCAGUCAGACUUUCAGCCCUACACCAGCGUCUUUGUUGGGGGGAUGAUGGGUGAAGGGGAUGGGAAGGGAGUGAAUAUGAGGGACCACAGUGGGGACGACAGGCACCUUACGUGGCCCAGGCGGUCCUACUCGCCUGGAAGCUUUGAGGACAUUGGCGGCGGCUACACGCCAGACUGCAGCUCCAAUGAGAACCUGACGUCCAGCGAGGAGGACUUCUCCUCAGGCCAGUCGAGCCACGUGUCCCCCAGCCCCACCACCUACCGCAUGUUCAGGGAGAAGAGCCGCUCCCCUUCCCAGAAUUCACAUCAUUCCUUUGACAGCAGCAGCCCCCCAACGCCCCAGUCGCAGAAACGACAUAAGCAGCAAGUGGUGGUGUCAGAGGCCACCAUUGUGGGUGUCCGGAAAACCGGUCAGAUCUGGCCCAAUGAUGGGGACUCCACGCCAUCCAGUAGGGCCUCGCAUGACAACAGUUUCCAUGCAGACCUAGAUGCCUCGUUCAGCGGGACGCCGCCCACGUACGGCUACGAUGCGGACCGGGCGGAGGAGCAGCGGCGGCACCACGACAUCCUCCCGUACAUCGAUGACUCGCCCUCGUCCUCGCCCCAUCUGAGCUCCAAGAGCCGCAGCAGCCGAGACACCCUCUCCUCGGGGUCCCUGGAGUCCUCCAAAUCUACUGAGCUGGACCUGGAGAAAGGCCUGGAGAUGCGCAAGUGGGUGCUGUCUGGAAUCCUGGCCAGCGAGGAGACCUACCUCAGCCACCUGGAGGCGCUGUUGCUGCCCAUGAAGCCACUGAAGGCUGCAGCCACCACCUCCCAGCCUGUGCUCACCCUCCAGCAGAUAGAGACCAUCUUCUUCAAAGUGCCCGAGCUCUACGAGAUCCACAAGGAGUUCUAUGAUGGCCUCCUGCCCAGAGUGCAGCAGUGGAGCCACCACCAGCGCGUGGGCGACCUCUUCCAGAAACUGGCCAGCCAGCUCGGCCUGUAUCGGGCUUUUGUGGAUAACUAUGAGGUUGCCGUGGAGACAGCAGAAAAGUGCUGCCAGGCCAACACGCAGUUUGCCGAAAUCUCUGAGAACCUCAAAGUCAGGAGUAUGAAGGAGUGCAAAGACCAGACGGCCAAGAACUCUCUAGAAACCCUUCUGUAUAAACCAGUGGACAGAGUGACCCGGAGCACCCUGGUAUUGCAUGAUCUCCUGAAACACACGCCCUCCAGCCACCCGGACCACCCCCUGCUGCAGGACGCCCUCCGGAUCUCCCAGAAUUUCCUGUCCAGCAUUAACGAGGAGAUCACGCCCCGGCGCCAGUCCAUGACUGUCAAGAAGGGAGAGAACCGGCAGCUGUUGAAGGACCGCUUCAUGGUGGAGCUGGUGGAGGGAGCCCGUAAGCUGCGUCACGUCUUCCUCUUCACCGACCUCCUGCUCUGUGCCAAGCUGAAGAAGCAGAUCGGGGGGAAGAGCCAACAGUACGACUGCAAGUGGUACAUCCCCCUGUCCGACCUCACCUUCCAGACCAUCGACGAGUCCGACUCCUCACCCAUACCGCAGGUGCCAGACGAGGAGAUCGAUGCCAUGAAGAUCAAGAUCUCGCAGAUCAAGAACGAGAUCCAGAGGGAAAAGAGGGCCAACAAGGGCUCGAAGGUGAUGGAGAGGCUGAGGAAGAAGCUCUGUGAGCAGGAGUCCCUUCUCCUUCUCAUGUCCCCCUGCAUGGCCUUCAGGGUGCACAACCGGAACGGCAAGAGUUACAUGUUCCUGAUCUCCUCGGACUACGAGAGAGCUGAGUGGAGGGAGAUCAUUCGGGAGCAGCAGAAAAAGUGUUUUAAGAGCUUCACGCUCACUUCUGUGGAGCUGCAGAUGCUGACAAACUCCUGCGUCAAACUACAGACAGUCCACAGCAUCCCGCUGACCAUAAAUAAAGAAGAUGAUGAAUCGCCUGGCCUGUAUGGGUUUUUGAAUGUAAUCGUCCACUCCGCCUCAGGGCUCAAACAGAGCUUAAAUCUGUACUGUACCUUGGAGGUGGACUCUUUUGGCUACUUUGUGAACAAAGCCAAAACGCGAGUUUACAGAGACACCACCGAACCCAACUGGAACGAGGAGUUUGAAAUCGAGCUGGAGGGAUCGCAGACUCUGAGGCUGCUGUGCUAUGAGAAGUGCUACAACAAGACCCGGCUGAAAGAGGAAGGAGAGAACACCGACAGAAUCAUGGCUAAAGGCCAGAUCCAGCUGGACCCUCAGACACUACAGGGGAAAGACUGGCAGAGGACUGUCAUUUCCAUGAAUGGGAUUGAAGUGAAACUCUCCAUGAAGUUCACUAGCCGGGAGUUCAGCUUGAAGAGAAUGCCGUCACGGAAACAGACAGGCGUGUUUGGGGUGAAAAUUGGCGCAGUGACCAAACGGGAGCGCUCCAAGGUGCCCUACAUCGUGAGGCAGUGUUUGGAGGAGGUGGAGCGCCGUGGCAUGGAGGAGGUGGGCAUCUACCGUGUGUCGGGAGUGGCCACAGACAUCCAGGCCCUGAAAGCAGCUUUCGAUGCCAACAACAAGGACGUGUCGGUGAUGAUGAGUGAGAUGGAUGUGAACGCCAUUGCUGGGACCCUGAAGCUGUACUUCCGUGAGCUUCCGGAACCACUGUUCACGGACGAACUGUAUCCCAGCUUUGCUGGAGGCAUCGCCCUGUCAGACAGCGUGGCAAAGGAGAGCUGUAUGCUCAACCUUCUCCUCUCGCUACCAGAGCCCAACCUGGUCACUUUCCUCUUUCUGCUGGACCACCUGAAGAGGGUGGCUGAGAACGAGAGCGUAAACAAGAUGUCCCUUCACAACCUGGCCACGGUGUUCGGCCCCACGCUGCUCCGCCCCUCUGAGAAAGACAGUAAAAUCCCAGCCAAUCCUACACAACCCAUAACCAUGAGUGACAGCUGGUCGCUUGAGGUCAUGUCACAGGUCCAGGUCUUGUUGUAUUUCCUUCAACUGGAGACUAUCCCCACACCAGACAGCAAGCGUCAGAGUAUCCUCUUCUCCACAGAAGUGUAGGAGGAAAUCGGUCCCUUCUGCCAGCAACACUGAAAAGAGAGAAGAGAACUAGAGUGAAAGAUGUCUGUGGAUCACAGAGUGGCUGUGAUCAGCAGCAUAUAGACUGGACCCCUGCUGGACCCAACAAACAGACUAGUGUGUGCACAGUGUGAUCACCAGGGGGCGCCAGUAAUGUUCUGAAGCCAUGAAGAGGAAACUUCUCGAAAAUCGCAUUCCUUGUACUAUUGUUUUCUUUUCUUUGCGAAAAUCUAAGCUGUUUGUGUCUUAUAUGACACAGAGCUUUUGCUCUUCAAAAGUCUUUGGCCUUGCAUUCUGCUAGUGUCUUUGGUCAGUUUGUGCAUUUGGAAAACAUUGAUUUAACAACAGGAGACAUGCAGCAGGACACAAGCAUCUUAGUUUUUCUUGUUUUAUUGUCGUUUUUCUUUAUGCUCUAUGGUGACACAGACUCUCCUUGGGUGUCUGCAACACAACUGUUCUGCAUCCAUUCUGUUAGGAUUUUUGAAACGUUUGAUAAUAGACAGGCUUGGAAUAGUGGGGGAGGGAAGUAGAACUUGCAUCUGCUUCUAAUUAAUGUUGUCUUAAUUGCUAGUGACUAAAAAAGUCCAGGUUGCCCAGAACAAGUUCAUUUUAAGACAAUCAGGUCAUACAACUUUGGUUUUGUGCCGAAGACUUACUAAGAAUGAUUUAUCUGUCCCACUAUCAAAGCCUGUGCAGUUUUAGACUGGGAACAAAUCUCAAGGAGAGUACAAAUGUUUAUCAUUUGAGGAUUUGGACAAGGAUUUUACAGAAAUUAAAUAGUGAAGAAGAUGCAGAUUUUCAUUGACAGAUGUUUUGGAAAGUUUCCAAACUAAAGUAGAAGAUCUGGAGAAUAUUAGCACCAUUCCUGAGUUUGUAAUCUGUCACAGGAGUUAGACUGAGGUCAAAUGAGGUGCAUUAUAUCUCGAAUGGCACCAGCAGCACAGACGGGAGAAUUUGAGAAGUGACAUAAUAUCAUCAUGUUAUGGGCGGAGCCUACACAGUAGUCACAUUCUUAAGACUAUUUCUUCACAGUUUUUAAUUCCUUUGGUUGGGAGGUGAUAAGUUAUAAGUAUUGAUUACCUUCAGUGUUUGACAGCCUUUUUCAGUUUAUGGUAGUUGAGUAUAUGUGUGCUAAUUGGCUUUGCUUUAAUCUGCAUAACAACUAAUAUCCAGGAAGCAAUAUUUUUGAACAUAUGGGGUAUCUGCAUUUUCUGCUCUCACCAUUUUGUCCACAUACUGUAGGUUAUAAGGUUAUAUAUCUUAUCAUAAGUGUCCUGCCAUGCUAUGGUGUACACCAAGAUAUGUACUUGUUUUUUUCCUGUUGAAAGUUGAAGUCAUUUACAUUUUAGACAUUUAGCAGAUGCUCUAAUCCAGUGCGAUUUACAGAGUUUACAUUCCUUUUUUAUUUUCUUAAGAUAAUAUCUGUUUAAACAGCUGGAUAUUUACUGAAGCAAUUCAGUUAAGUACCUUGCUCAAUGGUACAAUGGCAGUUCCCCACCUGGGACUCAAUCCUACAACCUUGGAGUUGCAAGCCUGGUUCCCUCACCAUUAUGUUACACCGCCAAAACAAACUACAUUCUGCUGGCCACCUCAGGAAGUCACUGUACUCUCCGUCUUUCAAAUCCUUUCCACAUUAAAUGCAACAAGGGGGUGACUUCAUCCCCCAUUCAAAUUCUUUAAAUGGAACCAACAUGCACAUUUCCAUUUCAGUCAAGCUUGCCAUUGGAAUUCUACUCAUCCAGUUGGGCAAUGGUGUCUUCUGCUGUCAGUGUGUAUCAUUUAAACACUGCAUAGAGGGCAGAAGUACAACAGAUAUACUCUUGUUAUACUGAAUGUGAGCAAUGUUAACUUUUGUUAUCCCAACCCACAAUCAAUACAUUAUCACUAUGAGUGGUUUUGUCAUACGUCACUUGAAAAAAAUGUUUCAAUUUUAUUUUCUCUUUUUUUGCCUUCUCACCAGGGUUUCUCCAGAUAAUUUGCAAAACCUCAGCUCCAAUACCCCACCGUGCCAAUAUCUAUUAUGGGUUCAUGUUCAGAUCAAUCUAGUACAGUCUGAACGUGUGGGUUAUCUCAGAGGGACUUUUCAACAGGAAAAUGUGUUGUCUUUUAUUUUGUGAAAAAACAAGAGAGGAUGGUUAUAUUCAUAUGCUUUACUUUAGUUUUCAUUAACAUGCAGGCAUGUUUAUUUGAAAGUUUUUUGUAUAUAUUUUUUUCUGCGCAGACUUUUCCUUUUGUAUUGUUAAAACAUAACCCAUGGAAGUUCUGGUUAUGUGCUCCUUCCCAAAGCUGGUUAUUUUGGGGUGGUAAGUUAAAACUGAAUAAUGUUGCAUAAUAUUUGCUAAAUGGGGGAAAAACUGGCAAAGGCAGAAAUUGCCCUGUUGCCUGCGUUAAUUCAGUUUCCAUAGAGACUGGUAAGAAGUUGCACUUACAAGAUUGAUCCGUUCCCUGACAGAUGAUUGCUGAUGUUGCAGAGCUGAUCUUGGCGGGGUUCUGUAGUUUCCCUCUUCUGCCCGUGCUCCACUACACCCAGAACUGUUAUGACUAGUUUAACUCAAGAGUUGCAGAGCAAAUGGUUCAACAAUGAGAAAGCUUUUUACUUUAUUGACGUGGGUCAGGUUAUGGCCAUCUGUCUUGUAACCUACUUUGAAGGCCUACAUUGGUUUGGAGAAAAGCAUGUUGAUUGGUUAAAUCUGAUGAUCCUCAAACAGGUUGUUUUAUCAUUUUCCUCCCUAGUGUAAGAACUCAAUGGAGAGCAUUUAUAUUAUAACUCUUUCUUUUUGGAAGUCACUCACUUGAACAAUGUUCAGAAUUGUUUUUUUAUUUUAUUAUUUUAUUUAUCUGUUCUCUUUUAACCUGUUCGACAGUGUUAAGACUGCUUAUUGCAAAAUCACCUAUUGACCUCUGCAGGCCUUGCGGAGAUAUUAGUGAGUGUGAGUCUAUGAUCACUGUAAACAGAAAUGAAAAGAGUUUCCAUGAAUACUCAAGAAUAUUACACACCAAUACAAUUCCAGUCAAUUUAAUUUAGAGAUUUUUAAAAUGUUUUUAUGUUCUCGUUUGUAAAACAUCUGUAUUCCCUGUACAAUACAAUAUAUUUCCCAGUAGAAUCCAGAUCCAUUGUGCAAAAAGAGACAUUUGAGUUAUGGUUAAUUUCUUUUUGAAUCAUAUUUAAUUGAGCAUAUUUAAACAUAGCACUCCACUCAGAUAUUUUGGUGUUUCCAUUUUCAGCUACCAGUGCCUGAGUGCUGUAGAGUUGUGGCAGAGCUCCCAGAGGUACAUAGAACCAAGCUUUGUGCCCUUUUUCUCUUGCAGUAAACCAAUUCCUUGGAACCGUGGUGGGACUUACUUACUCACUAAUGUCUGGACCUCCUAAAAGUUUGUUGUGCACCACCGACAUUGUGUAUGACACCAGCAUUUCUUGUUUCUUUAUGUUCUAUUUAUUUGUGUCAUUCCAAAAGUCUACUGCGAGCACAGAAAUGUCUCUUCAAGAAUGAAGUCCUGAGAGAACGUUCAAUUUCUGUGGUGCAAAGAUGUGACCCAUCAUCAUUCUCGAAAGUAAAACAUUGUUAUGGGGUUAUUUAUUGAAGUACUAAUUCACAAGGAUCGAGUAUAUAUACAAGAAUUAAGUAUAUAAUUAGUAAUAACAAUAUUAAUUUGAAAAUGUGUAGACAAAAUUAGGUCUGGUUGAUUGUCUGCACAAUGCAGAGCUGCAGAUAUGUAUUAGACACUUGUUGCAGUCAGUGGCCCAGGGCUCAGUUAUGAGGUCUUGUAAAUGGUUAAUGUUAAUUGCCAACCACAGAGUUGAGAUUUGAUUCAGAUUUUUCUUUUCUUUUUUUAUUCAACAUUUGUGUUCUGAUCAUGUAGCUGUAAAAAGGGAUACUGUAUUGAGAAGGAAAAAAUGUUUGAAAGGCAUUUGUAGCCUCUGUUUGUACACAAAGAUUUAAAUAAAAACUCCUGUAUCUA